AUGACUGAUGCAGCUGAAUCCCAGACUCCUGGCUCUGAUUACCCUGAUGCCCAAGAGCUGAUACGCAGCCAGCAGAAGGAGCCAUGUGAGGUACAUGUAUGCGAAAGAAAUACACGAACAGAGUGUUCACGUUCAAGGCAGAAGAAUGUUGCUCCUGAGGAGUCUUCAGAUGAGUUUAACGGUGUAUGUAAAUCAUCACCUGCUUCAGCUGAGGUUUUGCUGGACAGCAGUGAUUCAGAAAUUGAUCUCUCCGCUGCUAGUGGCAGCGAGUACCAUCCUGCCUGCUCCACUGCACCUUCAAAGCAAAAAAGGAGAUCUCCAUCUUUAAGGCAACAAGCUGAAUCUGAUGCAAGAGUGUGCGACAAUGAAAGCUCUUCAGAUUCUUCUCUGUCCCCUCAAAGUCCAGUGAAAACAUCUGAAACUUCCCAGAAGCAGAAGUCAAAACUCAAUUUGAAAGCCAUUUUUGCCUAUCACUUCAGGGGAAAGAAGUUUAAGGCUGCUGCACGCCGAAAAUACAGCGGUGGCACAGGCAAGCAGAAGAAGAAAAAGUAUGAGAGCACACGGAUGCCUGUAGGGAGGCCAAAACUGACAGCCUCGUCUCAGGAGCAAAAGAGAAGGCUUCUACACAGAGGUUUUCAAUUCCCUUUUGUUGAAAAACAUUAUGGGAAGAAACACAUUCCCUUAAAGAUGGUUCUUGGCUAUGAGCAAGCAGCUACAAAGGGAUAUCUCCAGUAUGUUGAAAUGCUUAAAUAUGAAGAACAUCUUAAAAAAGCUUUAGAAGCCCUUCAGGCUAGUGAAGACUUAGAAAGAGAAUGUCUGAUGGUACGGAAACACAAAUAUUUAGAUGAUGAAGGCCCCAUUUCCCCUAUUCAGGAAACAAAUGAUGAUGGUGACAGUGUGAAUUCUGAUAAUGAAGAUGACCUUGAUGCCAGAGUAGUGGAGAACAGCUCUUUCAUUAUUAGCAGCAAAAUUCCCAGCAAGAAAAAAUCAAAACCAGAAACAAAGUGUGCAAAAUCAAACAGUGUGAUUGAAGUAGAGGACUAA